UCGGAGGGAGGAAGCUGGCAUGAGCCACAAAACCAGUGCCCGGCGAGGAGGCCAAGCAUCGGUAGGCGAGUAGCGACAGCCCUUCACACUUCCCAUGGAGCCACCAAUCACACAGGUCACAUUUUAGGGCGGCCACGUUGUUGUAAACCGCUUUCUCGCAGCUCGGGGAGGUUGGCGACGGCCUGGGAUUUCGAUAGAUGUUCCCGGCAAUCAGCAUGAGUCAUGCAAUCGGCGCAGUCGUCCAGGCAGGCCUAACCGCGAUGAAGCGGAUGUCCGCACUUUCAGAAGUGAGAGAAGCCGCCGCGCGGAGUUGAGAAGCAUUGUGCACCUCAUCGGAGUGUUCCCGGAGCUCGACUCUCUGUAGAGAGGCGACCAGCAGAAGUUGCAACCAUGUCCGCAAGCACGUCAUCCCUGAAGACUAUAAUUUUGCUGAAAGGUUCCACCACCGUAUUACACAUAUGUGCGAAAUCCCGUCAAAUAUGCUGAGAAACUGUUUGAUGCGGUCUCUCUAAAGAGCCAACGAAACGUUGUAAAUCUCUUAGUACAAACACAAAACACGGCAGAGACGAAAAGGGUACCUUUGAACUUGAAGCAAGCCCAUGGUCAACACACGCACUGCACCGCACAAAAAGACCAUCCGUGUGCGCUACUUUUAGAGCGUUAACAAGCAAAGCAAGGCGUAAAUGAGUAAGAAUCGUUCCGUAGAACCCGUAGAACCAGAUCACAACAGCCGCCAUCACAACCCUAAAUAUACAAACACAGUGCUGCUAGACUUCUUUUCUUUGGUUUUGUGAGUUUGUCGGGUGUGUAAAUAAGUAAAGUCUGAUGAGUAAAUUUAUUAAUACUAUACACUACAGAUAUUUUCUUCUUGAUGUGUUCUACUUUUAAGUCACAAAAUAAAAUAUAAUAUAAUUUAUUAACUACAAAAUGCAUACACGGUUGGUUUAGCCUAUUUUAGACCAAUGGCUUAGGUUGGCAACAUACGUUCCCGCCGGUUCAAGUGGUUCAAGUAUGGUUUAAGUUUGGUUUAAGCGGUCUAAGUUUAAGUUUGUAUCGCGGCUCGCACAAUUGUGGCUCGCACGGUUCUGACCUGACAACCGUGGCUCUGAAACAUCGUGAAGACAAGUUCUAGUAGUUACGGUUCGAAGUGCCUAACGGUCAGGCUGCGUAAUCCCACUGUGGCACCGACGCACCUGCGUACCCUGCGUGAAACAUGUUCUCGGUCGCCCAUUUUAUGAAGACUGAUGACGUGGCCGUGGUUCCAACACGCUGGAUUAAGAACGGGACAGCUCCCUGGCCACCGUUUAAAAAUACUGCAAAAGUGAACAGUGCAGUGAGGGACAGAACGGAGCCAGGCAAAGACUGGCCAAAAUUUGCCUGCAGGGUCAUGUCAUAUACAGACAGUUACGAAGUUGCCCGCAAGAGGUCCAUAAAGGCGGAGGAAGAGUCCGACCUUACAUCGGAAGCAGAGACAUCGCAAAAAAGAAUACGGCGACCUCCGACAUUUUUCGAUGACUACCUCACUGACAGCAGCGAUGAGGAGGGAGUAACUGAAGAACCACCUCCAGAAGGUGACAUUGAAUUUCUCGCUGAGCCCCCACCGCCACCACCUCUUCAAAGAAAAAGUGGAGCACAUUGUGGAGGAGCAGGCCAAACUGAUGGUGAUGACUUGGUGUUGCCCAAAGGAAGACCAAAAAGUGCAUCUUCUUUGAACUGCUCUGCUGAACCUUCAAGCAAAGCUUUGGUCACAGUUCUUAGGGAACUUGAGUGUAUUAAGGCACAGUUGACAAGCAUGGCUACAAUGUUGGCCAGAAUACAGAUGCAUGUGAAUGCUGAUGACCCUACUGCCAUGGCUGGUCCAGUCCAUCCAGAAGACCUUCCAGUCUAUCCAGUGAAGACAAGAGAGGAAUUUGCCUUCCUGGAGGCUAGCUUAAAAAAUGAAGCCAUUUUUGCAAAGCUAGUGAAAGAGCUUGGCCAAAUUGGAGGUAGAGAUGUAGCCUCUACAACAAAAACGGUGUUUAAGAAACUUGUCGGAGAUGAAGUUGCCGUCUUCUACAACAGAACCGGGCGAAACGGAAAGCAAGAAGCCGGGAAACUGAAGAUCUUUAGCCUGAUCUAUGCUGCUGUACGUGUAACCCGCAAAACUGCAACAGACGACGAGAUGGGCCGCGCCAUUGGUGAUUGGCUGCGCUUCGCCAACGUCCGGCUCCGUGCUCAAGGUUCAUUUGGCCCCAUCGACAAGCGCUGCACCAACAAGCUCAGCUCCGGGUCGUCACAAGGUGUAUUUUGUCGCGUGUUUCAAUGUUGGUUUGCUUGAGCAGGAGGACUGACAACUACUAGCCAGAAAAGUCGAAAACAUCCCAUCGACAGAAACUGUGGUUUGACUUGGGAAGAUGAAAAUCAGUUUGUUUCAAUUUUUUUUUUUUCUGUCUAGUCCUGUUCUAGACUUUCUUCAGCCUAUUUCAUAUUCUAUUGUCAUAUUUUACUUUUUAAAGUGGCAAUAAGGCUAUUUAAUGUCUCGACUUCUGUUCUAGUCUAGUGACAGGCUUUACUGUGGUUUGACUUGGGAAGAUGAAAGUCUGUUUGUUUUAAUUUUUUUUUUCUGUCUAGUCCUGUUCUAGAGUUUCUUCAGCCUAUUUCAUAUUCUAUUGUCAUAUUUUACUUUUUAAAGCGGCAAUAGGCCUAUUUAAUGUCUCGACUUCUGUUCUAGUCUAGUGACAGGCUUUAGUCAGUCCUUUCCGGCUUUUCUUUAAUACGAUACCGUUUUAGUAAUCAAGUUUUUCUAACUGCUUCUACACAUGGCAAUUGUAUAUAGUGCCAGCUGGACAUAAAAGGAUUAGAGAGAGAUAAGAAAGACACACCGUUGGACUAGCAACUGUUUAAUCAGAUCAUCUUUUUCUUCAUCUACGUUGAGUUUCUCUUCUUUUUUAUCUACACUGCAUUUGAUUUAAUUGAGGAGUUCCUUUUCUUCUAGUCUUAUACUCGAGCGUCUCCUCGUCUUCCAUUUGUCCACCAUGGGUGCGGCCCCUCUAAGAUACUCACCUUCCUUGUGGUGUAGUGCGAUGGAAGGUAUACCCACACACUUGUCCGCUUUUGCGUCAAUAGCAAAGGCCUCCAGGAUUUCUCGAGUGAACUUGU